UACUAAUUUGCAUAUCACUGAUGCAACACUUACUACGCAAUACUAUAAACUGUGAACACAAUAACAAAGGCUUCUUAUAGUUAAACCUAUACUAUCUGUACGUAAUUCCUCAAACAAGAGAGCCCAAAAUAUUCGAUGGAUCUGGAUAAGGGGCGAGCGACGUUCGAUAGUGUCGACAAAUUCUCAUUUAAUGGCAUCGAACAAGAUGUGAAAGUUGUAAGAGUCGUCGACGGUGACACUGUUUACAUUGUGGCCGAUUACAACGGACGACUCGUCAAACUCAAAUGCCGUCUCAAAGGUAUUGAUUGCGCCGAAUUAAAGCAGGGUUCGCUCGAUACGAAGGGCAGAGAUGGCUUUUGCGGUCGGGAUUUUCUCGCUCAUCUUUGUAUGGGUUCAAACGCGAAAGAUUUUGACGAGAAUCGUAAGCGGGAAGACAAGAAGGAACUAGAAAGGAAGUUGAACGGCAGCCAAAGUUUAGUUCACGCCCAACUUGGUGAUUUCGAUUGCUUCGGUCGAGUUUUGGUCACUUUGAAGAAGGAGAAAAGUUCACGGAAAAGUUUCAGUCAAAUUCUGAAGGAAUACGGAUACGCCAAAGACACAAGAGAGAAAACACGAGCCAUGCGGCAAUAGUUCGAGAACUAAUGAGUCACGAGAAAUGUACAGUACAGUUUUCCAGGAAAUUCAAUGUUUGUUACAUUUUAAAAUAAAGCUAGGAUAAAACGAGAAUCGGAGAGUUGAUAUGAGAGUUGGCAGUCACAAAUUGUUACAGGGGACAUUUCAAACUCUAGAUUAACAAAAUAAAGGUUUGAUGAAUGUUUCAACAAUGUUUUAACUUGAAUAGACUACGUGGCCGUGACCAAAAUGGCGUGACUGCCAACUCUCGUGCACUCUCAUCCUCGUUUGAUCUGGCUGUAUUUAAUAUUAUUUAUUACACGUGUUAUGUACUACUAAUGUAUAAGGAACUGGUAGGAACUAGCAUCGUAAUCCAAACUCCUUAAACAGAAACGUUUUCGGUUUUAAACAAUUCUUUGUAUCUAAUCUUUGUGUCAUUAAACAAUAGAUGUAUAUAAAUUUUGCCACUAUAUAUAAGACUGUGAAAUGAUAUGCCAGAAACCUUGAUAUAUCGCGGUAAUCGUGAAACGAUUCGUAGAAAGUUCGACAUUCAUUAAAAUGAAUAUAGUAAAAUCGCACGUCUAUAAGAACCCGCGGCUAUUUUCCAGAUCAAUGUGAAUACCUUCUGACAUAUUUGAUCAGAACUAUUAAGUUGUAUGCCUUACAGUAAUACUAUUAGAGAGUUUGAGCAAAACAACGAAGUUGAACGACGACGAAGUGGUUGACAAUUUUUGCCUGUCUUGCACAUUACCUUGCGCAUUCUGAGUUUAGGGUCAGGAGUGAAGACAGAUUAGAGAUUCGUGUCUAGCUGUUUGUGAAUGCUGACCCAAAUCCUUACCCUGAUCAGGAUAAAACAGCGAGACAUGAAUCCAUUUCCUGUCUUCGUCUUCUGCCUUCGUUCACAACGAAUAUUUUGGCAAAAUUCGUUGUGAACUUCGUUCUGCACGAAGCCAGAAGGACAAAGACGGGAUAUAGUUUCAUGUCUCGCUGUUUUUUUCUGGAUUAGGGCAAGAAUUAUGGUCAGUAUUCAUAAACAGCGACACAUUGGAAGACACGUUGUGCAACCACCAGUGACGUCCAACUCAGUAUGCGCAAGAUAAUCUACAGACGGCAAAAAUUAUCAAGUAUGCCUUCGUCUUCGUACUUCGUUGUCUUGCUCAAACUCUCUAUUAUAAGGAAGUAGCGUACAACGUUAUUUCAGCCACAAAAGUUUUCAUAAUUCUUUAAUUUAACAGUCGGUGCCAGUGUAUAGGUAGCGACGCUAACAAGACAGCGGCUACAGAUUGAGAUGGAUACAACUACCUGAAAAAUCUAAGCAGGACUUGUCUUCGACGUCUCGAGCGAACUGCCCUUUGUCGAAGUUCCGCUUGACCACUUACAUUGUUCAGGCUUCAGUUAGUUGUAUCUUUGUCAAUCAUGCAACAGCUGUCUUCAUAUUUUUAGUACGUGUGGAGAUGUCGAACAAUCUUGAACAGUUGUUUGUUUUCAACAUAGAAUAAGUGUAUAGGCCUAGUAGUUUCAGCUGUACUUUAAAUAUAAACCCUCCAAGUCCUAUACAAAUUUUCAAACAUCCGUGUCUGCAAGUCUGUGCGUAUUUCGUAGUUGGUUCCAGAAUAUAUUUGAAAAACUUUGCCAAGAUUGAAAGGUACGUGAUUCUUCGCAUAGCUUUUCCGAGAAACAAGACCCAGUUUUCAAUUUUGAAAUUUAUUUUACUUAAAUAUAACAUAAAAAGCUUAAGAUUAGUCGCUAAAGAUUAGCCGAUUCCAUGCAUUAAUCGAUGGUCGAUCAAGACAAUUAUCGAUUCAAGCUAUAGAUAGUUUACAUACACUAGAUAGUGCAUCUAAUUAUUCUGCCAUUCAAAAAUUGAAGCCGUGGUUGCAGACUCAGGAUAUUCCCAUGAAAUGAGAAGACGCGUAUGUUUUCUAUUUCUUAAACAGGGAAUUUUAACUUAAACAUUAAGUUAAACCUAUUUCAAAUACAUUUUUAAUUAAACUAUUCAAAUGAUGAAAGUUAUUGUUGUUAAUUUUUUAAGCGUUUAUUAGCGAGUGGGAAACUCCAACAUGGCCGCCAUCUAUUCAAAUGGGGGUAACCGCUGGAAUAUUCUUGGCUUCAAUUUUACUAAAAGAGAUGCGCUAUCUAGUUUAUAUAAGAUAUCUAUAUGAUUCAAGCUGAUAAAUUUUGCACACGUAAUUGUUCAAUAUUUAGUAUUGUAAAAAUAUCGAAAUAUAUAUCAGUGAACAAUAUGUAUCGAGUAGGCAAUGUUUUUAGUAAUUGUCAUCUUCAACAAAGCUAUCUGAAUG